AUGAUUUCCCUUAGACUGGCCAAAACCGGUGCCCGUACCCAAGGUAUUAUUUUCAACUGCUCUGGUGAAAAUAAUCUCACUUCAGUUCGUGAGUGAUCGAUGACCGAAGGGGACGAUCUAGGUACGAGAGACACAAGAGCACUCCACGCGUACAAGGAAACUAUGAAGUCUACGAGUGCAGUUUUAACGUUAGGAUUUGUGCUGAUAAUGCAGUGGAAUUCUUUAGUUUCCUGCCGAGAUGCAUCUUCGGAGGAGGACGUCUUGGAAGUUUUAAAACAAUUCAAUAAAUGUCCCAAUGGUUAUUGUGUUCCAAUACAUCUAUGCAAUGACGGCAUCAUCAAAACAGACGGUGAAACCAUCCUCGAAUUAAGAUUCAAUGAUUAUGAGGACGUGACGACCGUAGAACUUGAACGAGGGAACCGUACUUGCGAAUUUUCAGCUACAUGUUGCGCCUUGAAAAUCGUUCCUCGGUAUGAUUCAAGCGAACCGAACGAGCUUCCUCCGACCAAAUGUGGCACCAAUCGACCUAAUGGAUAUGUCGUGGGAGUUAACAACAGUGCCAAAGCUCAAUUUGGAGAGUUUCCGUGGAUGGCGGCCCUUUUGAAGCGUGUCCAGCUUCUGGGGAAUGAGAAGGUCGAAUAUUUCUGCGGCGGUUCCCUGAUUCAUCAGCAGGCGAUUCUGACAGCGGCGCACUGUGUCCAGAACGUUACACGGGACAUAUUGGCAGUUCGAUUGGGGGAAUGGGACACAGUCAACGAGAAUGAACCGGUCAAACAUCAACAAUAUGGCGUACAAAAAAUCAUUAUUCACGAAAACUACGUGGCCAAAAAGUACCAGAACGAUAUAGCUUUGUUAAUAAUGAAGAAGGAAGCCGAUUUGAAAGUGAACGUCAAUACAAUUUGCCUGCCUUCGAUACACGACAUCUUCGAUAACCAGCGCUGUCUGGCUUCCGGUUGGGGUAGAGACAAUUUCCAUCCCAAAGGACAGUACUCCGAGGUGAUGAAAAGGGUGGAACUGCCAGUUGUACCCAGUAAACGAUGUCAGUCAUUGUUCAGGAAUACCAGGCUGGGACCGUACUUCCAGCUGCAUCCGACUUUCAUGUGCGGCGGAGGUGAGGAGGGAGUAGAUACCUGCUACGGCGAUGGAGGAUCUCCGUUGGCAUGUAAACUGGACAAUCGGUUCGUUCAGGCGGGAAUCGUUUCGUGGGGAGUGGGUUGUGGCGUUAAAGAUGUUCCGGCGGCAUACGUCAAAGUGUCGAAAUUUAUCGACUGGAUUAAGAACAAGUUGCAAGGAGAAGAAAUAAAUAUUGAUGAUGAUUAGUUAGGGAAAUUCAUGUAUUUUCGACAGUUUUGUUCUAUUCGUCGUGGUGGGUUUUUUAAACCUGUUGAACUCAAAGUUGGUCUAGGUUUCAGACAAUUUGGUCGACAAAAAACCCCCAUGACGAAGAGAACAAACCUGCCGAUAAUACCCAAAGUAGCCCUAUGAAAAAUUUAAAACGUAUUUCACAUUUGUUUGAACGAAAGCAAUCUUUCUUCUUCUUCUUUAUGGCUCAACGUCCCCACUGGGACAAGUCCCUGCUUCGCUUCAACUUAGUGUUCUUUGAGCACUUCCACAGUUAAUAAUUGAAGGGCAUUCUUUGCCUGCCAUUGCAUGAGUUUAUAUAUUGUGAGGCAAGUACAAUGAUACACUAUGCCCAGGGAGUCGAGAAAAUUUUCUCGACCGAAACGAGAAUCAAACCCGUCGUUUCCGGAUUGGCGAUCCGUAACCUUAACCACUAGGCUACCUGGAGACCCCAAUCCUUCUUCAUCGUAAACACCUUUUCGAUUCUACUUCACUAGGGUGAAGAAGGAAAUAGUGAAGCCUGAACCAAUAAUAGUGAACACUCCACAAUUAUUCUUGAAUUUCCUGCUCAAAUAUCUUCCCACCGGACAACUUCCGGUUGUCGGGGACAAUAUAAUGGGGACCAACUACGAUAACUGGAGAUACGAUAACAAGAGUAGUUUGUUGAAGGCAGGAAGAUGGACAGCCAUAAAAGAUCUCAAACCCGAGUCCGUAGCUGCUGCCCUUAAAGUCGAAGGACGAACAAGCGCUGGAGACAAUUAGACUGGCCGUGGAUGACAACCAGUUGGUGAACAUCAGAAAGGCUAAAUCCCGCUGCCGAAGCAUCGGGGAUGCUGAAGAAGUUUCACCCAUGUCAAGAGGACACUCAGAACGAAGGUUUCAGUUGAACGAAGGCGCGUUGCCGUUGAUCCAGCAAGUUAUUGUCUCAGUGAGGCUGCGGUUGACCAUGCAUUCGAAGAUUUUAUCGACACAGCUCGUUAGAGAAAUCGGUCGGUAGUAGAGGUUUCAACCCGGGAUACCCCGGGACAAAAAAUCCCGGGAUCUUGACAAAUUCGGGAUUUCCCGAAUCCCGGGAUAACAUUUAUCACCGUCCCGAAAAUCCUGGGAUUCCCGGGACACACAUUUCUUACUCGUUUUGAUUCCCUUUGAUUUGAAUUUUGAGAGUAUCUGAAACGUAUUCGAAGAGCCGUGAUUUUUUUUUCGAAAAUCGGCCUCAACAAAAAAAAAACACGAAAAUGUAACAUAAACCACUUCAACUGUGUGUGGACAUCAAAACUCGUUGGAACUUCACUGAAUCGAUGCUGCAACACUUCAUUCACGGUUUUGAUUGCAUCAAAGACUUUUUUUUUCGAAAUAGGCCUUUCUAGACUUAUGUUGGACAAUGAUUUUGAGGUUGCAAAAAACCUUCAGGAAGCUCUCUUCAGCCAAUCAGAAUUGCUUCGGAAGCACUGGGAAUACGAGAUGCUAUAUUACUGUAUGCGGAAGGCAGCUUGAGUUUCUUGUAUUCGAAGCUUACGAAAAGUAACUCUAAAGUUGGAAACGACCUCUUGCAUGCAAUUAUGAAAAGAAUCAACAAACGGCACCACAAGGAAAUAAUAACAGCAUUAAUGUUCUUUCAAGGUCUUCCGUCGCCAACGCAAGUGCCAGGAGAUCUGGAAAGCUCAUCGAUAACGCAAAUGAUUAAAUUCAUCAAGGAACUGGGAGUUCGAUUUUUGCGAGACUGCCAAAGAAAGACCGAUAAUGAUGCUGCCGAGUUGAAUGCUAGAUUGUCUUGUAUGCAUAACACCAUCGAACAUGCGUGAAGAACUGGAAUCGGCUAUAAAGUAAUAUGCCAGCCCGUCUUAGACUGAUUUGGCAAUGAUUGAUUUUUCAAAAGUAAUUGCGAAAGAACUCACUUUUUGAGCUACAUGGUAAGUUGAGCCCGAAUCUUAAAAUCGAACUCCGGAAAUAUCUUGUUACAAAAAUAAAAGAAAUUAAUUAAUACAAUGUAUCAACAUAUAACGACACAUAGUACCUUACAAAUGCACAAAUUAGAAACAUCACAUAUGGACACAGCACAACAUAUAACAUAAAUGUGCCCUGUUAUCGAGAUGGAUAACAUCUUCCGAUCACAGGAUGACGAGGUUUCAUGUAUUGGUUUGGGACCAUCAGUCAUCCUGGAAUUGUAUUUUAGUUGGCAGUUUGCCUUUUAGUGGACAGUCAUUGCUGCUGUUUUCAUAGCUUGUUUUUGUCUAGGAAAAAAUCCUAAUCGGGCAUCCCGUGUCAGGGUUCGAUACUUGAGCUCAAGAACUUGAAGUCCGUGGCAGGGAAAGGUUUACAUGUCUAGUACUUGACCGCUGCCCGAAAUAGCCUGAAAGUUGGCAAUCAACAGUGGAUUGCAUUUCAUGUACCUCUAUUCAGCCAGAACCCUAUAAAUGUGUAUUAAAACUCGGGGAAUAUUUACAAGGUAAAAUAAAACAUAUAACACAAAGAACGUACGAAUAUAAUAUUUAUAACACAUUUAACAAUUAUUCUGUCUUAUAAUUGUAACAAAUAUUUAUACCCGUAACACAAUCCAACGUUUGAGCAGGAAUUUUUCGUGAAUCGUUCACCGAUUCACGAAAAAUUCAGCUCCCAUAUGCUACAUAUCCUUCAUAACAAUAGUGCUAAGGCCAUAUACUUAACACUACGAUAAAGAUUAAUAACUUAACCUAAACUCAAAACAAAACCAAAACGAGUUAUGCUACCCGAAAGCCACAAUGCUUUCCAGAAACGUAGCGGUGAACAGGACUAACAAGUCCCCAGAAAACACCUCAACUCAAAACUAAAGAUUGUUACUCGAAAGCCAAACUGCUCUCCAAAUCACGUAACGAAUUAAUCUAACCUAAACUAAACUUUACUUUUAUGGAGGGUAACUGUCCACAAAAAUAAAAUGGCCUUAAAACUGUAGUUAUAAUCCUUCCAACUAACUUUCAUUUGCAUACACGAGGUUUUUUAGUUGGGCGCCUUGUUACAAAAUACAACAUGGAACCCUACAAAUGCAAGGGCCCCACGUUGGGCGCCAUAUAACGAUGAGGCGAUGUUUUGUUCUUAUGUUUAUUAAAUUACGGAAUAGGUAUCGGGCUAAAGCCACAAAAACGGGAGGGUACUGUAGUGCAUUGGGUGGUCGGCGCCUCAAUCACUCGCAGUCCCACCCGGCUAGGCUAAUCAUAUGUUUAUGAGGAUCGCCGCACAGCCAAUAACGUAUGCUCGAUACAAAAUAAAUGAACAUAAAUGUGGCUUCGCAUGGCAGAAUCUUAUGGUGUUAUUCACAGCAUCUCUUAAAACUAACUUAUCUAAUCUAACCUUAUACUGCUUCUGCCAUCGUUGACACCGCUGUCGCUGGCGGGGCCCCGCAGGAAUGAUGAUCCGAUCUCGCUGCUCUCGAGAGCGCGAUUAUAGGCGCCACUUAUUCACGCCGUCACCUGCACGCCAUCAUGCACACACAUUCGUGGGUUUCUCAAGCUUCUCCUUCCCGUAGUAGGUCGGUCUACGAUGGCCGAAGGUGCCGCCAAUGAGGCGAGUGUUGCGUUGCUCGGUGAGGGGUUGGCUGCUCUGGACUCCUAUUCUCGAGGCGAGUAGAAUUUCCCAAUGACGAUGAAGGGAGCUAUCCUACUCAGCCGAUCAACCACCAUUCGGUUAAUUAGUUGGGACGUUCCUCCAGUGCGCCCCCGUGCACCUCACGACCAUACGAUGCAGGACCUAGUGGCCAAGGUCAGGGUUACGUCUACCACGCCUUCGUAAUGUUGGUUGGGUUAUUCGGUGAAUGGAUUCCGUGACCGCACUGUUUUACCGGCACCAAAAUGGGGUUGGUGAGGGUCAAAAUCCCGUAUAACGAGCCCUAAAAUAAUUGUGGGAAAUCGUUAAUAAGUAUCCAUGGACGAAUCACUUGCAAGG